UAAGAAGAGUGGCAGAGGAGGGAUUGGAGAGACGAAGGGGAGAAGAAGAGGAGCUUGAGAGAUUGAGAGAGAAUGGAGAUUCUUCAAUGGAGGGUUCUCCCAUUGCUCUCUCUUCUCGCCUCCUUUGUACUCCUCUACAUUCAAACCUCAUCCAAGCGAUCGAACAGUGAGUGUAGUUUGUUUCCUCAUGAGCAGUUCUGGAUACUUAGCAAACGUAUUGUCACUCCUGAUGGUGUAAUCUCUGGGGCAGUUGAGGUGAGAGGAGGAAACAUUGCUUCAGUAAUUGAGGGAGAUGAUUUACAGGGUUCUGUUAUUGGUGGUCAUUUUCUAGACUAUGGAGAUGCUGUUGUUAUGCCUGGAUUAGUGGAUGUGCAUGCACAUCUUGAUGAACCUGGAAAAACUGAAUGGGAAGGAUUCUCCACAGGAACCAGAGCAGCUGCUGCUGGUGGUUUGACAACACUGAUUGACAUGCCGCUUAAUAGUGUCCCUUCCACAGUUUCUGUGGAGACACUAAGACUGAAGGUUGAAGCAUCAAAGGAGAAACUACAUGUCGAUGUUGGUUUCUGGGGGGGUUUGGUGCCAGAUAAUGCCUUCAAUGAAAGUGCUUUAGAUAGCCUUAUGGAAGCUGGGGCGCUUGGACUAAAGUCUUUCAUGUGUCCUUCAGGAAUCAAUGACUUCCCAAUGACAAAUUCAACCCAUAUCAAGGAAGGCUUAGUGGCCCUGGCAAAGUACAACAGGCCUUUGCUAGUUCAUGCAGAGCUUGUUCCUGAUUCUCAUAGCAGCACACAACUUAAUGAUGGCAUUUCAGAUGUCCGAUCUUAUGCAACAUACCUUAAGACAAGACCUGCCUCAUGGGAGGAAGCAGCAAUCCGUGAUUUGCAGUCAGCAAUGCAAGAAACCAGGGUUGGCGGUCGUGCUGAAGGAGCCCAUCUCCAUAUUGUUCAUUUAUCAGAUGCAAGAGCUUCCUUGGAACUAAUUAAGGACGCAAAAAGCAGUGGUGCAAGCCUAAGUGUUGAGACUUGCCCACAUUACCUUGCAUUUUCAUCUGAUGAUAUCAAGGAUGGAGACACCCGCUUCAAAUGCGCACCACCGAUUCGCGAUGAAGACAAUAGGCAAAAUCUGUGGAAUGCUCUACUGGAGGGUCAUAUUGACCUGGUAAGUUCUGAUCACUCACCAUCAGCACCGGAACUUAAACUUUUCGGUGAAGGUGACUUUAUGAGAGCAUGGGGUGGGAUUUCCUCUUUGCAGUUUGUUCUUCCUGUGACAUGGUCAUAUGGACUAAAACAUGGAAUUACAUUGACUCAAUUGUCUAAAUGGUGGAGUGAGAGGCCAGCAAAACUUGCAGGUCAAGACCAAAAGGGGGCUAUCAAAACUGGAAAUCAUGCUGAUUUUGUUGUCUGGGAACCAGAAAUGGAAUUCGAACUUGAUGAAAGCCACAACAUAUACCACAGACAUCCUAAUAUAUCAGCAUACAUUGGAACAAGAUUAUCUGGCAAAGUACUAUCAACCUUUGUUAGAGGGAAUCUUGUUUUCAGUGAUGGAGAGCAUGCUCCAAAAGCUUGUGGUGUUCCAAUUCUUGCAAAAUAGAUAGAAAUGGAAUUCUUGGUGAUCAAAACCUCUCUGUAAAUACAUCGUCUUAGCAUAAAGAAAAUGCUGAUUCUACAUGCAAGUGGAAUCUUGAAGCUGAUUCAUGAAUAACUUGUGACUUUGUAGUUCAAUCUUGAAGUGUUAUGAUAAAGUCUUCUAAGUUGAACUGCAUUAAUUGAAAUGUUAGAGAGAUGUUUAAUAAUUUUUUUAAUGAAA